GAACACCUGCACCUCACCGAAGGGGGCGACACCACACCUGUCUCUCUCUCUUGGACACACACAGUCACACGUCACACACACGCAUUUGUGAGGAGGCGUGAGGAUCAGGAGGAGGAACACCACAUACACGCACAGUUUUGCUGGCUUCGCUGCGCUUUGGAGAGCUGUCUCUUGAAGACUGGACCAGAGCCGUAUCCAUCGCUUCAUCCAUCCUCUCCUUCCUUCCUGCUUUCCAUUCCUCCAACUAAAGAAGCAGCUCUCCGUCACCCGCCUGAAGAUCAUUUGGACUGAUUUGCUCUCUGUCAUUCAUCUAACCUCUGAUCAGUGUGUCUCUCUGUAACCAUCUCUGCUUUCACUCCACUCAGCCAAGGAAUCAAGAGACGCUCUUACCGACCGACUGAGACGCCGACCUUUCAACCGCAAACAUGAACUUCCUCCGACGCCGUCUCUCGGACAGCAGCUUCAUGUCCAACCUGCCCAACGGCUACAUGACAGACCUCCAGAGGCCAGACCCACCUGCUCCUCCUCCCCCCACCGCCACCUCCCCUUCCCAGCAAGGUGCACCCCCGGCCACGGCGCCCGCCCCUGCCCUGUCCCCGACCAAAGCUCCAGCACCAUCCCAGGCGCCCGCCAGCUCCCCCGCAGCUCAGGAGCGGCGUCUGAACCAGCCUUCUCAGCAGCCUCAACAGGCCCAAUCCUCCUCCGGAUCCUCUGGCUUCUUCAGCUCCUUCAGCUCCAUCACCAACGCGGUCAAACAGACGGCCGCGACCGCUGCCGGGUUUGUGGAGCAAUCUGCUCCUUCUCCCUCGCUUUCUAAGAAGUUCAAGAUCCUGUUGGUCAUUGACGAGCCACAGCAUGAGUGGGCCAAAGUGUUUCGGGGAAAGAAGGUCCUUGGAGACUACGACAUCAAAGUGGAGCAGGCCGAGUUCUCGGAGGUCAGCCUCGUCUCACAAUCAAAUGGAACCUGUAACGUGGACAUGCAGGUCAUCAGGGGCGGGACCAAAGUGGUCAGGUCUUUUAAGCCGGACUUUGUUUUGGUGCGCCAGCACGCCUUCAGCAUGGCCCAGAACCAGGACUUCAGGAACUUGAUCAUCGGUCUGCAGUAUGCAGGCGUCCCCUCAGUCAACUCUCUGGACUCCAUCUACAACCUCUGCGACAAACCCUGGGCUUUUUCCCAGCUGAUCAACAAUCAGAAGAAGAUGGGUUCAGACAAAAUCCCUCUGAUUGAUCAGACUUUCUACCCCAACUACAAAGACAUGAUUACAACACCAAGUUUCCCAGUGGUGGUGAAGAUCGGACACGCCCACUCCGGGAUGGGAAAGGUCAAAGUGGACAAUGUGAGUGACUUCCAGGACAUUGCAAGUGUGGUGGCCAUCACUCAGACCUACUGCACCACAGAGCCAUUUAUUGACGCCAAAUACGACAUCAGGGUCCAGAAAAUCGGCGCUGACUACAAAGCAUACAUGCGAACAUCCAUCUCUGGUAAUUGGAAGAGCAACACCGGAUCUGCCAUGUUGGAACAAGUAGCCAUGACUGACAAGUAUAAGCUGUGGGUCGAUACCUGCUCAGAGAUCUUCGGAGGGCUGGAUAUCUGUGCUGUCAAAGCCAUCUGUGGCAAGGAUGGUAAUGACUACAUCACUGAGGUUGUGGGCUCAUCUAUGCAGCUGAUCGGUGAUCACCAGCAGGAGGACCGGCUGCUCAUCUCAGAGGUGGUGCUGGCCAAGAUAAACCAAGCGCUGGCCACCAGGUCGUCUAGUGUUUCCCGCUCACCUGCUCGCUCCCCUCAAGGCCAGAAGCCAACGACUGUGCAGCCCCAACAGAGUGCUGCCCUUAAGGAAGGACUGGCAGAUCCAAACAGGACCUCGGGCCAGCGCCCUCAACCUCAAGGUGCACCAGUGAAAGCACAGAGUGUUGAUGUAUCAUCAGAGCCAGCUAAGAGAGCAUCUGAACCAGUACCAAAGCCUAGCCAGGUCCAGAAACCUGGUCCAGGUCCAGUUCAGAAACCGGUUCAGGCUCAUAAAAGCCCAGUCCAGAGGGCCGCUUCAGUUACAAAGCCUCCAGUGCCGAGGCCUCCUCCCCCGAUGACGAGAGCCCCAUCCCUCGCAAAGUCCGCCCCAGAUUCUGCCUCCACCCCCGCAGCCAGACCUUCCCCAUCAUCCCCAGCUAAAACAGCAGCAGCAGCAGCUCCAGGCUCCCCCCAAACCAAAGCAGCAGCAGCAGCAGCAGCUCCAGCAGCUCCAGCCUCGGCUCCGGCCCCAGCCUCUCCUGCAGCCUCAGCUCCCACCACAGAGCAGCCCAAACCCCAGCCUCAGGGCUCCCCCUCCCCAGCUCCUGGCAAACCAAAAGAUCUGCCCCCGAAACCCACACCACCUGCAAAGCCCAUCCCUCCUGUGCGCAGGAAUUCAAAGCCGCAGCUCCAGCCAAAGCCGCAAACCACGCCUCCUCUCAAACCUAAACCCCAGCCGGCCGCCCAGGCCCCGGCGCCCCCCCUGGCCUCAGAUAUCGCCUCAGCCCCUGCCCCAGCACAGGUUCAGUCCCCAGUCAAAGCCAGCCAGUCCCCGCCCAGCGUCCAGUCUCCAGCUAAGGCUCAGCCUCAGGCCAAGCCGGCCUCUCCUUCCCAAAACCCCGAGCCUGUCCCCGAUGAAGCAGCCGCGGCCCCCGCUGAGGGAGAGGCCCCUGUGGAAGAACAGCCAGGAUCUCAGCAAAAGACCCAUCCUCUGCUGAAUAAGUCCCAGUCCCUGACCAAUGCCUUCAACGCCUUCAGCGACUCCUCUUUCUUCCGCGGGGUCUCAAGCUCAACUGGAGGUGACGGCCAAGACGAGGCAAAGGCCGAGACCAUUCGCAACCUCCGAAAGUCCUUCGCCAGCCUUUUCUCUGACUAGAAACAGCCGAAAAACCCUAGUCUGCCCCCUUAUUGAUUCUGGCCCCCCUCUCCUUUUACCGUUGGCCAGUGAUGACUUGAUUGACUUUAAAUGUGAACCAGUCUGAGAUUAAACUUUGUGUGUUGACUGUACUGUAUUCCCUCCGUCCCGUUCCCUCCUCUCCUCCACCUUCAGCUUCUCUGUGUGAGUGCUGGGUCGGAUAUUCACUAAAUGAUGUUGUGCCAGAGUAAUUGGACUGAAGGAGUUACGUCAUUGAUAUAGACUAGAGUAGAAUAGAAUAUGGUACGAUGAAAUAAAAUAACAAAAAAUAUUUAUUUUUCCCAGAGCACACUUUAAAGGAAUUAUUUCUGGAGUAUAUAAAAAGCAGAAUAUUCAUGAUUACAGAGGGAGUGUACAUACAGUAUAUAUAUAAAUAUACAGUAUAUGAAAACAAACAUAUAUAACUAUAAAGGGAGAAAAGCCAAUGAUUUAAAAAUUCCAGUAGCACUUUUCAAUCAGCUUUUGUCAGUGACAUAACUCUUUCAUUCAGUGGCUGGAUUCAUACUUUAAAAAAAAUAAAUAUAUAUAUAUAGAUAUAUGAGAUAUUUGACAUUUGAUGGUUUCCUUCACAGUGAGUUGAUUCUGGUCAGUAAGUGAAAGUUUGUGAGUAAAAAAAAAAUACAUCUUUAAGGAUUUGUUUCUGUGUAAAUCCAGCCAUUGCGUCUCUGGUCCUCGGCUACUUGACUACUGGGCUCGUCAUUGUUGCCCCAUUUUUAUGUCUACAAGCCUUGGAGUUCAUUGUCGUGUGAGGGAGUCGGAAAAUAUGUGUAUGUUCAUCUGUGUUCAAUUGUUAUGCAUGGCUCCUCCAAGUGGCUCGGUGUGACUUUUGGAGCAGAAGGGAGCUCUAUCAGUGUUGAGUUUUGCCCUCCGUUGCCUCUCUCUUUCUCUCUUUCUCUCUCUCUCUGUCUCUCUCUCUCUCUCUCUCUAGAUGUUGUAGCCUUAUUGUGAACAUGUUUUCAAUUCACAGCUACGUUUGUUAGCUGUGCAGACCUGGGUCGAUUACAACUCGAAAUCCAUUCAUUUACCUAAAGUGAUUAAGUACAUGAGGUACUGAGGGCGAGACACAUGCAGUUUUGGGAGCUUUGGGAUUGGGCCCAGUGCACCAGACUGAAUAAAUCAAUCCUAAAUAGCAACUGAAUGCAUUUCAAAGAGUAAAAAGACUCAUGUCUGUAGCUGUGACUGGUGAUUUCUUGUUUCACCUCUGUGUAGAUCUAUCAACAGUAUUGUAAUUUGUUGAUUAUUCUCAUGAAAAGACAUUGAGACAGUAGUGCAAUAACACCUCGACAUGACUGUUGAGCGCUGUCACCCUAUUAUAAAUAUAAAUAUGAUCAUGCAUACAGGACCUGUGUAUCUGUUAAAUACCUUACUCUUACAUUCCCUUUAAGAUUCCUUUCAUUCACCACUUUCCAGGUUGCUUUUCACUGCAGUCAGACGCUGGGUUUCAGAUUAAUAUGCCAUAUUAUACUGCUGGUUCUUGUGAUUAAAUGUGUUGUGGGACUCGAUUUAAAGCAACCUGGAAGGAACCCAGUACCUUGACUGGUCAUUUUCAGUUGAGUGGAUGCAUUUCAAGUUCAUAGGUGUAAAAAAACUAAACAAAAAAAAAGAAAUCUCAACACUUAAGAACAGCAUAUCAACCUGUUGGCUUAUCCAUUUCCAGUACUAUGUUGCAAGUAAAUUAUAACAUAUUGUAUUUGUAUGUAUGUAAGUGUCAUCUCAGGAGUUUAUUUUUUGUAAUAUAUUGAUUUAUUUAUUUUUUUGAGGCUCCAUAUUUAUGGUACAGUAUAUAUUGUUUGUUUUGUAUUGUGUUUUUAUUUGUAACGCAAUACUGCUUUGCAUGACCUGGUGACUGAAGAUGUUUUUUUCCCUGUACAUAUUAAAGUUAAUAAAGAUGUGGUUCCAUCAUUCCACUAAUUCACUAA